AUGACAAUCGGUUUACUGAACAUCGAAAAUUCAAAUUGCAGUUGGUUUGACGAUCUGAAGGACGGUGUGAGUAAUAUUUAUGAUCGUGCAAAACAGUCUCUUGUUCAAGGUUGGGAGACAAAUAAAGGAGAUGUAAAAGUUGUAUUAGAUCAGUCUAAAGCAGUUUUUGGCGAUCUUAUUGCAAAAGUACAGGACAACAGUCAAAAAUUUAAGUUACAGUUUCUUCAUACAGCAGAAUCAACGUUGAAAGGCGCCGGUGACGAAGUUGAAAGUUUCUUUUCUGAAGUACCAAAAACAGUUGAUAGCGGAUUACGAGGUUUGGCGACUAAAGCUGAAGAAGGUUUAACGUGGAUUUUUCGCAAUAUCAUCUGCCCAAUUAUAUUUAUUCUUGUUCUUGGCGGUUUGAUAUACUUAGCCGUUGUUUCUGGAUGUUGUAGUUGCUGUUUAUCACAGUGUUUUACAUCUCUGAACAUGCAUUUCUCUCGACAAGCAGCAAAACCAGUAGUGACACAAGAAUCAAGGCCACAGAUUAUUGUACUUAGCAACCUGGAUCUCAAUGAAGCCAGGCAACACUUAUUAUGA